GUUGGUUCAGCCCCUGUCUACUCAGGGGUGGUGCUCAGCCGGCGCCAGACAGACCCUCGACUUCGGAGAGGCAGUGCAGUUCCUCUGGGAGCGUCCCCCUCGGUUCCAUCAGCUUCCCCAGCCUCCUCGGCCGCCUUACCGCCCGCGGGGACCCAAGAGCUCGGUGUAUGCCCCACCCCUGACCCCGCUAGAGACAUGUCCACCCCGGCUCGGCGGCGCCUCAUGAGGGACUUCAAGAGGUUGCAGGAGGAUCCUCCAGCCGGAGUCAGCGGAGCUCCGUCCGAGAACAACAUCAUGGUUUGGAACGCGGUCAUUUUUGGGCCUGAAGGGACCCCGUUUGAGGAUGGAACCUUUAAGCUUACAAUAGAAUUCACUGAAGAAUAUCCGAAUAAGCCACCUACGGUUAGAUUUGUCUCUAAGAUGUUUCAUCCAAAUGUCUAUGCAGAUGGUAGUAUAUGUCUGGACAUACUUCAGAACCGUUGGAGUCCAACAUAUGAUGUGUCUUCCAUUUUAACAUCCAUACAGUCUCUUUUGGAUGAACCCAAUCCCAAUAGUCCAGCAAACAGCCAGGCUGCUCAGCUGUACCAGGAGAACAAGCGGGAGUAUGAAAAACGUGUUUCUGCGAUAGUAGAACAGAGCUGGCGUGACUGUUGACCCGGGUGCAGGAAAAGCAGCAGCUGGUCAUAAGAAAAAUAUAUAUUGAUGUGUUUGUCACCUUCCUAUUCGUCAGUGUCAUUACAUUUACUUUAUUAAAAGCAAAAUAGCUGUUG